CGGCCGAACGGCCCUAACGUCAUUUGUGUGCGACGCAAGCGCAACAGAGCAAUGGAGAACAUCGGGGCUGUGGUAUACCUGCUGCUGGCUCUGAGGCUUUUUGUCACAUCCAGAGUGAGAGAACAGAGUCAGAAAAGGCUGAGGGCGGUGAGGAGAAAGCUAAGGGCGGCGAGGCGAAAGACUAAGGAGACACACAGGAGAGUUUGGGAGGCGAUACAGCAGUAUCAUGCCGAGGAGAGGGUACGAGCUCGACGACGUAUGAGGAUGGCUCUCUUGUUGCAAAAUUAUCGCCGCAAACCGUCUGUCUGGGCGUUCAACCGAGCCUCCCAGUGAUGGGAUUUCAUUGUUCCUGGCUUCACAAACGUGCAGUGGGUGCAGAACUUCAGGAUAUCUGAAGAGACGAUGGACUUCCUGUGCGUCAAAUUGCGUCCGGUUAUGGAGCGACAAAACACCACUUACAGAGACUGUGUGCCCCUAAAGAAGAGAGUAGCUAUUGCACUGUGGAAGCUUGCCACUGGCUCGGAUUACAGAAGUAUUGGUCAUCUCUUUGGAGUUAGCAACACGACGUGUGCAGGUGUGUGCAGGAUUUUUGUGCUGCGGCAGAAAUGUUGCUGGUGCCAGAACAAAUCCGGUACCCCAACGAAGAGAGGUUCAGAGAAAUGGCUGUCCACAUUGAAAACAGGUGGGGGCUCCCACAGUGUGUGGGUGCUAUUGAUGGCUCUCACAUACCCAUAAUAGCAACAAAGACAGGGAGAAGGAGGGAGAAGGAAGAACGGAGGAAGAAGGGCAGGGGCUGGAGCAGGAUCAUAACAGAAUGGUACAAUCUGGUAUGAUAUGGAGCGAUAGGAUGCAAUACAAUAAGAUAUUAUACGGUAUGAUAUGACAUGAUGCAGUAUGACACACUACAGUACAAUACAGUAUGACAUGAUAUGAAAUGAUACAGUAAGAUGCAAUAUGAAAUAAAACAAUAGAGUAUGAUAUGAGAUGAGACAAUACAACAUAUAUGCUUCAUUCUCGCCAUGGGAAAAUAUGUCUUAGACUCAAGUGCUGCACAUGUAUAGCUGCUUUUGAAGCAAAACACAACCCCAUAUUACAUAUAUUGCACAUUAAAUUGUAAGAUACGUAAUUUGACAAAAAAUACUUGCUACCAAGUCUUUGCAAAACAUACUUGUCCUUCAGUUAAUGAGACCUUUAGAUAAGUUCAUGUAAUUUCUCUCUCACAUGCUUACCUUGUAGUAUUUACUAUGUAUUCAACCAAAAAAGAUAUUCAUAUAUACUGUAGAUUGAUUUCUGUCAGAAUUGUUUGAGAACUGCAAGUAAGAAGCACAAUAAGACGGAAUUACAACGUUUUCUGUAUUUGUUCUUCAUACACUUUACACAGGGCAUUUUCUUUUUGUCUCUCAGUAUCAUUACUAUUAUUACUGUCAUUAAGUUUCUUCCGUCUCGUGUCUGUAUCAUUAUUUUCAGUGCCAAAGGUUUGCACCAGUUAAGCUAUUUAAAUGAGCUCCCUGCUUGAGUAUCAAUUCACAACCACAGCUUAAGUCUAGCUAGUGAGACUGAAAGAAACUGUCACCCAAUAGCGUGGGCUCCAUUGUAUCUGUGAAAGGCCUAAGUAGCACUCUGGGUAUUGUUUUCUUUAAAGGGGAGUCAGGUUACCUUGACAACCACAGGAUGCCUACCCAUAGGCCCUGCGAGAGAGAAAAGGCUGGGCCAGAGAAGGAGGGAAAGAGAGCGAAAAGAGAUAAAAAAGGAGGCAAGAUACUUCCCAGCCCCAACUUUAUUUCCUUUUUCAAGUUUUUGUGUUUUGGAAACAGGCCUGAUGGUUGCCUGUGGAUUGGGAUGACGACCCAAGGAGUGAGAUCCUACACCCUGUAAACAGAGGGCCAUGCGUGUUGCACUGCGGCCUCGCAGUGGUUGCCUGGUGCUCUGUCUGUGCCUUUCUGUGGUCACCCUUCUGCUGCAGAGCCUCUGGGUGCCACUUGAGAUGACGAGGGAUGAACCUGCUGGUAGAUCACCUGAGGAGCAGGGUCAGCGUGGUCUUGGUUUUCGAAGAUUGGCUCUUCGCUUGGAGGCUCUGAGUACUCAGGUGCAGAGGCUGAGCAAAGAGAGAGAUUUCACCCAGCUGACCAGAAAUGAUCUCAGCUUGAUACUGCAGAGCUUUAGACAGGACCAGCAAGGCUUGGCCCACCUGGUAGAAAGGGAGCUGAAGAGAGUGUCCCAGACCCUUGAUCAGCUCAGCCGUCAUCACCACCAUCACCAUCAGCCUCAAACACCAUCACCACAUGACGACCAGAGACCACACGCAGGGCCCACUGAGAAGUGUGAGGUGCCAAUGGAUCCUGCAUAUCCUGUGUGUGCACAGAAAGUGGAGUUCCUUCAGGCUCGCUGGCAAUCAGACCCAUGCUAUGCCUUUUAUGGGGUGGAUGGUACCACUUGCUCCAUCUUGACUUACCUCAGCCAAGUAGAAGACUUCUGCCCCCCUCGUCUUGGAAGGAACCACACUGCUCUGCCUUGGCAUCAGAAACCUCCCUCUUAUACAGAAAAGGCUGAGAUACGCACAACUCUGAGGCCACUGUAUGAGGCGAUCAGCAACAACAGUGGGUUGGCAAUGAAGUUCAUCCGGGCCAGAAUGGAAAGAAUGUCUGAACGGUGGACACAGGCUGGUGUGAGAAUGAAGCAGAGCAGCAACAGAACCAUCUCAGCCCAGAUUAGGGUGCUGCUUUACCCCGGGGCUCUAGCUGGUAGUGUUGGCCAACGUUUUGAAGCCAUGGUGGAGAGAGGAGGUCCUCUGGGAGAGCUGGUCCAAUGGGCUGACCUCAGUGCCUGUUUGACAAUCCUGGGCCACAACGUGACCUUCAGCACCUCACAGCGCCAACUCAAUAGCCUGAUAGGUGCUGCUCCAGGUCGAGGCAGUUGUCCAAUCCAAAGGCCCAUCACCUUCGACCUCAUCUACACCGACUACCAUGGCCUUGCUCACCUCCAGGGAGCCAUGGGACUCGCUUUCCAGCAUUACCAGUGCCACUUCAGAAUCCUGGACUCAUUUGGCACCGAACCAGUGUUCAACUUGGCGAGUUAUGCCCGCAGCCACGGAUAUAAAACACUGUGGGGCAGCUGGGGCCUCCAACCUCUGCAGUACAUGACCAUGUUCCCUCAUACUCCUGAUAAUUCCUUCCUGGGCUUUGUGAGUGAAGAGGCAGUGAGAAAGGAGGUGAGGGAGGAUGAGCUUGAGCCAGAGAGCUACAGGAAAGAAAGGAUAGCAGUCGUGUAUGGAAAACAGGACUACAUGUGGCAGGGUAAAUCUGAAUAUGUGAAGGUGAUCAGCGAGGAACUGGAGACUCAUGCCACAGUCUACCAGCCACCAGGACACGCCUCAAAUCUACCCAGUUUCAUCAGAAAUCACGGACUGCUGACUCAGGAACACUUCCUACGACUUCUCCGCAGAGCUAAGCUGUUUGUGGGUCUUGGUUUUCCUUAUGAGGGUCCAGCUCCUAUUGAAGCCAUAGCUCUAGGGUGCAUCUUCCUUCAGCCACGAUUUGACCCUCCACACUCAUCAGAGAACAACGACUUCUACAAGGGGAAGCCCACAACGAGACAGAUCUCCUCACAGCACCCUUAUGCUGAAGAGUUCAUUGGUAAACCGUAUGUGUGGAGCGUGGAUGUGACCAAUAGCACCGAAAUACGGGAGGCAGUCGGAGCUAUUCUAAGCACCGAGGUGAAGUCUUUCACUCCUCAAGAGUUCACUUGUGUGGGAAUGUUGGAGCGGGUUCAUGGUUACAUCACUCACCAGAACUUCUGCAGUAAAUCUGCCCCGACUUGGCCACCAGAAAGUGCUCUCAAGGUGCACCUGGGUCCACUGGGCCAGUCCUGUGUGAGUGUGUGUCGACGCUCCUCCCUCUUGUGCGAGCCCGCUCUGUUUCACCACCUCAACACUCUUUCUGCGUUUAUCAGUCUGGGACUUGGAUGCUCCAGCACAGUGCAGGAGGUCAACCACCUGUUUCCUUCCUACAGCCCUUGGGGCCGUCACUGUGGCCUUCAACAGGAGCCUCUGCUGUUCAGUUGUGCUGGUUCUGACCCUUCAUACCGUAGACUGUGUCCCUGCAGAGUGCACCUACCUGGACAGGUGGCACUCUGCCCUGACUGCCUCUAAGCAACAUUACUUAAGACCUCAGGGAGAAAAUAGCAAAAGACGGCACCAAAGAGCCAUCCGCAAUGCAUACUGUACAGGUAAAGAUUCCCAGCCAAAAGGAGCCAGCUGUCCUGCCAAAGCUAAUGAAAGCUUGUUUGUGGAUGUCAUAAAGUUAGAGAUACUUUGUUUAUAGUCACAUGCUGAAAUUAAAAUCCUUUCAGUCAGUACCUGCUACAUUUAUUUAGUUUUUGCAUUGCUAGAGUUGUCCUAUGCAAUUAUUUGGACAGUAGUUUGUUUUUUUUUUGUAUUUUUUUGAUGAUGUUCAUUACUCAGGAAGCAAAUAUGAUUGAUUUUCAUUUCAGAAGUAUUUGAAAUGUUGAAGGAUGAUGAAUUCAAGACCAGGCCAAAUGAAAUCCCUCUUGUUGCUGCAGCCUUUUCUUGAUCCCUUAAGCAAACAGUCAUUAAUGAUAGCUAUGAUGCACUUUCAGGAAAAUUCCUUUAGAUGUAUUUAAAUUAGGUGGGAAUUGGCAACAGUGAGUUUAAAGUGGUUCAGUUCACAGCGUUUAGCUUCUCUUUGCCUUCUCCAGAUCACACACAGUACAGUGAACUUCAGCAUUAUGCUAAAUAAUUAGCUAAUUAUUCAUUGCAUUGCAGUAAUGUAUCACACUGGUCAGUGUUGCAUGGGAUUGCAACUCAUGUAGCUCCUUAAUGCUUUGCUGGCUGCAAAUAUUAGCCCGGGCCUCAAAGGAACGUGGGUGACAGCCUAAGUGAUGAGGCUCAUUAUCUGAGUGAAUCAUGGAUAACCUUUGAAUCCCUUUGGGAGGUCACAGCCAUAUGACCAUGAUUAUACUGUCAUAUAAACCAUUGGUUCCCAACCGUCUUUGACUUUGGAAACCCCCUCCGCUCUGUUAAAAUCCAUGCCCCCCCCACCAGUAUAUGCAGAACCUCAUUGUUUGUCUUUCAAACACAUAUUUUGCGUCAUUUACAGCGGGAAAAAAGUCACAGAAGACAGGAUUAAUUGUGUUUUCUUGAGAUAUUUUACUAGAAAUUACACCUUAAAAUGAUUUUGAUCAUAACAAAUGACUCAUUUUGCCCAGAGUUCCUGUGUUUUGCUCCAGUAUUACAGUAUUCCCUGAUUGCCUCAUGUACUACAAAUUGUGCAGAGCCCCCCCCCCCCAAGGUUUUUUUCAACCCAGGUUGAUAUGAGCAAAAGUGGAAACUUUACAUACAGUAUACAUAGUGAUUUGGAGAGGUUUUACAUUUCCACUUUGGAAACCUCAAAGAAUCACACAGGCUUAUCUCAUCAUCCCCCUCCUGCACAACAACAUGUGAAAGAAAUGAUAACAACUAAAGGCCAAACUACAGUCCACAGUCAGUGGUGUCAGUGAUGGGGUGCUGCACUUACAUGGCACAGCUGUUAGCGAAGAUAGCUCCAACAACGGCAACAAGCUGCUACUCUGAAUUUGAUUGAUGUGACCGUUUUUCUUGGAAACGAUGCACCAGUGAAUGUUAACUGGCAGAAAAAGAGACCGUUUCUGCCUCAAUACACUCCAUGCGACCAGAACAUGUUGUCACUCAGGGAACAGACCGCUCAGGGCUGCGACAAGAAGACCGGCCGACAAUGUGAUUGACUAGUAAAUGGCUGUGAAAUGGUCCAUGAAAACAACAUUUGUGAUGACUUUGGUGGAUUUUGGUGAAUUCAUUUGGCUCUGUCGAAUGUGACUUUUGCUUGAUUAGCAGCUGAAUGGUCCAAAGAUGAUGAAAAUGAACUUGUGUUGAUGUCAAAGAGGCUUUUUGGAAUAAAAGAAAAAUAAAAGCUGCUUUCGACACCGA